UCUGUCAGCCCCCAGGUUUCCUCAGAAGCCCUCCUGCGAGGCCACGAACAUGAGACGGCUCUGCCUCUCCAUCGCCCUUCUCGUCCUCCUGGGCACCCUGGUGGCCUGCACCCCGGGGGGUAAACACAAGAGCCAUGCCAGAGGUUCUCAGCCUGCCUUCUGCCUGGAGCCUCAGUAUGCGGGUCCCUGCAAGGCCCAGAAGGUCAGGUACUUCUACAACGCCAAGUCCGGGCAGUGUGAGACCUUUAUGUACGGCGGCUGCCGUGGGAAGAAGAACAACUUCCUGACGGCAGAGGACUGCAUGAAGACCUGCGGUGGUCAUGUCGGGACCCUCGAGUAA